AUGCUUUAUUUCAGACAAUGUCUCUUUCUUACUACCGGAUUGGCCACUGCCUUAAUCCUCCCCAACCCUGCUAGUACCGAUUUAUUAGGCGUUUUCGGAAGGUCUAGCAUUUCUGCACCCGACAGUGUCUAUGCUCUAGAGAAUCCUAGGAUCUCUCAAAGGGCCCCCGCUAGCGAUGGCAAAGAACUUGAGGCGUCUACACCUUCCUGGGAGGACGACCCACCUACUCCUGAAACCCUUGUGGAUGUGGUGCCACUUGUACACCGGGAAAGCAAUGACCUUGAAGCCUAUAAAUCACCAGACGAUAAACGCAAAUUCGUCGUUGGUAUGGCAUCUCAAAUUGUUACUUCGGCCUAUUGGGUCUUUGAUCUGUGGUUGGUCCAGCAGAGGACCAGCGCGAACUUAUGGAGAGGCGGCGAUGUUUCCAGCUCGCUUGGCGAAACCUCCGUCACAAUUGCCGCCCUGCGAACAAUCUACAAUUCCGAAAACCAAUUUAGAGGCGCUGCCGAUUUCGUUUUGAAGGGAGCUCAAGAUACUGUUGAGGUCGUUAUCAAUUUUACUGCGGAGGUUUUCGGGUCAGCAGCCGCCUUUAGCAUUAUGCAAAUGAUCAACCCUCCAACCUGCACCAUCGGUGGUGUGAGUGUUCCGAUCUCAAGUUGGUCUUUCGAUCCAACGCCUUAAAUGAUCGCAGCUCGCUAGCUCGCUGGAGGGACCUCGCA